UUAUAGCGUAUUACUGGACGAGUUCAUUCGAAUCGAUUAUAGCCAAAAGACCAAUCGAAUAAAUAACGACUAAAUAAUGACUAAAUAAAAGGUUAAUAAUAAACCUGAUCAUAUUAUGAAUAAACUUUUUCUUCUCAUCUAUAUGAAUAUAAAAGACGACAAAUCAUGAUAUCGUCAAUCCUUUCACUUUUGUGUCCUCUUCAUUUCGUGCAAAUGAGCGGAGUCCCAUUACAUCACGCUAUCUAUCUCCAUGCUGAUCUGAAUAAUUUCAAAUAUGCGCGGGCGUUUCUUCCUUGAAUAUCAAUAUAAAUUAUAAGAUCUUUUGAAAAAUAUCAAACUCUCUGUAAACAUUAAAAUAAAUACCUUCGUAUUGAUUAUUUUCUAAGCUUCAAAGCUUUAUUAUUCAUGAUAGUAUAUUGAAAAAGAUCCGUUGGCUUAUACCUUAAUAUUUUUCUUCUUCUUCUAAUAUUUUUUUGAUUAAAAAUUUUUCAAAAUCCUAUUAUUAUAUUUUUCAAAAUAUAAUAAACACGAAAUAAUUCGAUCCUCUGUCUAUUUUAAAAGUUUUUAUGAUUGAUGCAGUUUUUUCUACUACAUUAAUGACGCCUCUACGAGAGAGACUAUGUUUGUUGUACGUUUAGUACGCGUUAUAAGCACAGCUGCGUCUUAACCUCAAAACAUAGUGUUUUAUUAAAGUAUUUUCCAAUUAAAGUCAUUGUACUAAGGACUACCUAAACAUUAAAAAGAUAUGCGCAUAAAUAUGAACUUUUUAUCCAUAAAUAAAUGGUCUACUUCUUUAAUUCAUAUAUAAAAUUUAUCUUAAACGAUAAUUGAUAAGUGAUACUGACGUUAAUAAAAAAUUUUUGUCAAAAGUGAAAGUUUAUAUAAAAAAUUUCUUCUGAUAUUAAGUAUAAAAAUAAUUGAACAAACUAAAAUGUCAGAUGAUGAAGAUUAUAUGUCCGAUAAGUUUUUACAAUUGUCUGAAAAAUGUGCUACGCCAAGUCUAGUUUAUAGACAUACAGAUAAAAGACAAUUCGAAUUAGAAAAAAGAAAAGCUGAGCAUGAAGCAAAAAUGAAAGAAAAAAAUAAAUCAAUACAUUUAAUAGAGCGUGAAAAACGAGAAGAGGGCAUGUCUAAUGCCAUAGCAAGUAGUAAUAAAGGUUUUGCUUUGCUUAUGAAAAUGGGAUAUAAACCAGGACAAGGUAUAGGAAAAACAGAAUCAGGUAUGAUUGAGCCAAUUGGAAUAGAAUUGAAAGCUGAUCGACAUGGAUUAGGCAAAACAUCGGCAAAAAAAGAAACCAAAUCAAAAAUAGUAGAUACACGAUUAGAUAAUUCACAUAUGCAAGAUUUCCGAGAGAGAUUGGCAGAAACAAAAUUAGAACAAAUGUUAAAAGUAGAUUUAUAUAAAAGCCAAAAAGUUUGUCAACAACUAGAUGCUAAAGCAAACAAAGAAGAACCUUUAGAAUCUUGGUUUUGGGUAAAUGAUUUGGAGAAAAAAGAAGAUGAAAAUGAAGAAGAAGAAGAAGAGAAAGAAGAAGAAGAAGAAGAAGAAGAUAUUACUGUUAAUGAGAAAUUAGAUAUUCUAACAAAAUAUUUACGUGAAAAGUACUUUUAUUGUAUUUGGUGUGGUGUAUUAUUUGAAGAUGAAAAUGAUUUAAGGGAUAAUUGUCCAGGAUGUACAAGAAAUGUUCAUUAGAAAGUAUACUAAAAAUAAAUAAUCAAUUCAAUAAUUCAA